UUACAUACUAGUUUUUACUCUUAAUGAUAAGCAGCAUCUUUCUCAAGAUUCCAGAAAGUCACAAUAAACUCAUGAUGAAAUAGGCUUCUUAUCAGACAAUGAUCCUUCCUGUAGUUUGCUUUCCAGAAAAUCUGAAACUUAGAUCAGCUUGCUAAAAUACAUUUUAUUUCCUGAUUACGGAUAAAUGGCUCCACUUCUGAGUCACAAGUUGAACUGUGUGAAAGUUCUAUCUUGAUACCACACAGAUCUUCUUCAUUCUGAUAUGAACUGUGUCCAUGUCUUCAUUUAUAUAUUUCUAGUGCCAGAGCCGUGUCUGUGUAGUAGUUUCUCAAUUAACUUUCUAUGAAUUGUACUGAAUUAGGAAAUUCUGACAUAUGCUGCUAAUUGCCUGACUACUCAUCAUCCAUUCUCCUCUUUUUAUCAUGAGCACAAUCUUGAUUUAUUUGGGUGCAAUAAUGUAUUCAGUUAAAAUAUUCAAUUCCCCACUUUUCCAAUAAAAUAUAAGUGGAAGUCACUGACUGAAACUUCUUGGAGAGCUCUUUAAAAGAGGACAGACUUCACUGGCUUUGAUUUCUUGCCUAUCACUUUUUCCUUGCUUUUCUGCCUGAAACACAGAUGUAAUGUCUGAUGAUGAAACAGACAUCUUAGAUCAUGAGGGUUAGUCACAUGGUGAGGAUGAGAAAACCAGAACUGGAAUCAAUCUUGGUCCUCGAUGUUAUUCUCAGGUAGUUGAUCCAGCCUCGAACUGCAUACCCAUAGAUUUCUAUUUAAGUAGUCCACUGUGAAAAGUUUCUGUUAUAUAAAGGCAAAUGGAGUCAUAGACCUAGAUCCUUGGCGUCUACCUAGAGUAGUGAUCCUUAAAUGGAGGAGGGAUUGGCAUUGUAGAAUCUACCAGAAUGGUUUUUCACUUUGCCUCCCAAUUCUGAUAUGCCCUUCAAAAAAGGAAUUACUCCUCCUUUCAUUGGGUAAGAAUUGCCGCCAUAAUGAUUCAUAAUAACUGCUGGGAAUGUCACUUUCCUCAGAUGUGUUAGGCCACUCAAGAAAAAAGGUCAGGAACCUCUGCUGAUAUGGACCAGGAGAAGAUUGGCGAAGUUAGGCUAGAAAGAGUGGACAGCACUGACCUUGAUAACAGAAUCUUAGCAUUGGAGAGCACCUUAAUGGCCAUCCAGAUAGAUAUCUCAUGUAAGGUAAAACUUGACCUCUACCACAUUGUUCAACGAUGUCAUCCAACCUUUGCUUGAAUAUUUGCAGCAACUACUGGCCAGCAAAUUCACACGUGGUUUACCAAGCCCCUACCAUCUGUCAGUCACUAUGUGAAGGGCUGAAGCUCUAAUGGUGAACAGGACACACAUAUUCCUGCUCCUUCGAAAGCUCCUACUUGAUUCAGAAAGCUUCAUUCUGCAAUGAGUGUGGUCUCGUAUUUUCCUAGUAAAGAUAUCCUUUUGGAUUUGAAGAUCAGGAAAAGCCUGAUCUUUUAUAGUCUUGGAAGUGUCUGAUUUUUCCGGGACAGAGAGAAGAGUUUCAGCACUGAGGGCAACUGAAGGGGUUAAUACUGGAACUUGGCUGGGUGUCAGUUAAACUUUUUUCCCUGGCUCUGCCCCGGGUUUCCCCUUGAAGGGAUUUCCCUCCGCCUCUGCAGCAAGACCCUUUAUAAGAAGCAGACUUUCUAUUUCACUCCUCACCGAGCCUCACUGGCUUUAGAGGCUGAAGACUCUUCCCAGGCACUUUCAGGUGGAGCGGAAAUAAGAGUUUUGGAACCAGUAUUUUCUCAUCACAGCAGCAACUUAAAAUGCCUGGGAAGAUGGUCGUGAUCUUUGGAACCUCAUGUAUACUUUGGACAGUGUUUGCAGCUUCUCAAGCUUUUAAAAUGGAGACAAGUCCUGAAUCCAGAUCUCUUGCUCAGAUUGGUGACUCCGUCUCAUUGACUUGCAGCACCAUAGACUGUGAGUCCCCGUCUUUCAUGUGGAGAACCCAGAUGGACAGUCCGCUGUAUGCGACUGUGAGGAAUGAGGGGACCAAGUCCACGCUGACCAUGAAUCCUGUUAGUUUCGAGAACGAACUCUCUUACCUGUGCAUGGCAUUUUGUGGACCUGAUAGACUGGAAAAAGGAAUCCAAGUGGAGAUCUACUCUUUUCCUAAGGAUCCAGAGAUUCAUUUCAGUGGCCCUCUGGAGGCUGGAAAGCCAGUCACAGUCAAGUGUUUGGUCCCUGAUGUAUACCCAUUUGACAGGCUGGAGAUAGAUUUAUGGAAGGGAGACCAUCACAUGAAGAGUCAGGCCUUUAUAGAAGACGUGGAAAGUAAGUCCCUGGAAACCAAGAGUUUGGAAAUAACCUUUACUCCUAUCAUCGAGGAUACUGGAAAAGCUCUUGUUUGCCGAGCUAGAUUACACAUUGAUGAAAUGGAUUCUGUGCCCAAAGAAAGGGAGACUACAGAAAAGCUGCAAGUCUACAUCUCACCCAAGAAUACAAUUAUCUCUGUGAAUCCCUCCACAAGGCUGCAGGAAGGUGGCUCUGUGACAAUGACAUGUUCCAGUGAGGGUCUACCAGUGCCACAGAUUUUCUGGAGCAAGAAAUUAGACAAUGGGAAUCUACAGCCCCUUUCCGAGAAUGCAACUCUCACCUUAAUUGCUAUGAGAAUGGAAUAUUCUGGAAUUUAUGUGUGUGAAGGAGUUAAUCUGAUUGGAAAACACAGAAGUGAGGUGGAAUUAGUUGUUGAAGAGAAACCAUUUAGUGUUGAGAUCUCCCCUGGCCCGCAGACUGCCACUCAGAUUGGGGACUCAGUCGUGUUGACAUGUGGUGCCACAGACUGCGAGUUCCCGUCUUUCUCUUGGGAAACCCAGACCGACAGCCUUCUGCGUGAGAAUGUGAGGAGUGAGGGCACCAAGUCCACGCUGACCCUGAGCAGUGUGAGUUUGGCAAACGAAACCUCUUACCUGUGCACAGUGACCUGUGGACAUAAGAAACAGAGAAAGGGGAUCCAGUUGAAGCUCUACUCAUUCCCUGGAGAUCCAGAAAUUGAGAUGACUGGUCCGCUAGUGAAUGGAAAGCCCGUCACUGUAAGCUGCAAGGUUCCUAACGUGUACCCUUUUGACCGGCUGGAGAUUGAAUUACUUAAGGGGGAGACUAUUCUGGGAAAUAAAAACUUUUCGGAGGAAGAGGUUGGGAACUCCCUAGAGACCAAAAGUUUGGAAACGACCUUCAUCCCCACCACUGAAGAUACUGGAACAGUUCUUGUUUGUCGGGCUAAGUUACAUAUUGAUGAAAUGGAAUUUGAACCCAAACAAAGGCAGAGUACACAGACACUUUAUGUCAAUGUUGCUCCAGAAGACAUAAAACUUACAGCUUUUCCUUCUGAGAGUGUCAAAGAAGGAGAAACUGUCAUUAUCUCCUGUACAUGUGGAAAUGUUCCAGAAACGUGGAUAAUCCUGAAGAAAAAAGCAGAGACAGGAGACACAGUGCUAAAAUCUAUAGAUGGCGCAUAUACCAUCCGCAAGGCCCAGCUGGAGGAUGCAGGGGUUUAUGAAUGUGAAUCUAAAAAUGAAGUUGGCUCAAAAUUAAAAAGUUUAACACUUGAUGUUAAAGGAAGAGAAAAUAACAGGGACUAUUUUUCUCCUGAACUUCUCGUGCUCUAUUGUGUAUCCUCCUUAAUAAUACCUGCCAUUGGAAUGAUCAUCUAUUUUGCAAGAAAAGCCAACAUGAAAGGGUCAUACAGUCUUGUAGAAGCACAGAAAUCAAAAGUGUAGCUGACGUUUGGUAUGUUCAACCAGAGACACUACUUAUCAGUCCAAAUCUUUAAUACUGCUCAUCAUUUCGUGACAAAAACAAUGAGCUUGGAGUUCAGACUUCCCUGAAUGAAUUGAACGUGGAAAUAAAUGGCCACUUAUGCUCCUUGCUGUCAGCAAGAAGUCAAAGGAAAACUUUCUGCCUGAAAAACAGCCACCGCUAUUGAGAUGCAAUGAUUGGAGGAGUUCCUUGAUGUGUAUUAUUAUGUGUUAUUAUCUAAUACCACAAUCUGUACAUAUGUAGAAUAAAAUUAUGCCAUAGAAAGGUUGCUUGGUUAAAAUAAGAGGGUUAAAAUAAUUAAAUACUGUUGCUUGUACUGACUGUUAUAAUUUAAUGCAUCUUAGGAAAAUUUAACAUUAAUAUUGACUGACAGCUGACCUUUGUCAUUUUUCUUAUAUUUUAUUUCCUUUAACAAAAUUUUAUUCCUGUAAAUGUCAUUGAAAAUAAUUUCAUGUUUUGUAAAGAUGCCAGAGUUUUAUAUUUUUAUAGGCAAAUAAUAAAUAGAGAGAGCACUAGGUUGACUUUCAGGUACUAUAUGCCUCAACCUGUGGUAAAAUGGUUGGCUGGGUUUCUUUCUCUGUAUGGUACUAGCAUGGUACGGAGAUGUUGCAUGAUGUUAUUUGUUUAUCAGACUAUUGUGUAACUUUCCAAGUAUGGUCUAAAAUGAAACUUCAUUUUCUUUUGUAAAUGUUUAGAUUUCUUGUAUAGUAAAAUUAUAAUUUCUGGAAUUGGAAGGGUUGUUUGUUUAUUUAUUAUAAAUUGCCUUCUUUAAUCAUGUUGUAGCUCUUUUUGAAAUGCCAAGUUACAAGACUAAAGAGUUCAAACUAUGGAAAUAAUAGAUACUGAAAAUGUGGUCCUCAGACUACUUUUAUCAAAAUCACUGUGGGAACUUGACAAAAAUUCAGAUUUCUUGGAGGCACCUUAAGCUGAUGAAUUGAAAUAUUUGGUUUUAGUUUCUUGGAAUCCACAAUUUUUUAAUUAAAAAUAUAGAUAGUGUCCAUAAAAAGAAUGCAGAUUAAUACAUACAUGUUAAUGGGCAACAAAUGAAUACCUAUGUAUAUACUACCAAGUCCAAGGGAUAGAAUAUCACUAUUCUGUAGAGCCUUGUAUAGGCCACGUACUAAUGGCAACUCUCUGAUCUCCUUGAGCAGUAACGAAUAAAUAUCCUGAAUUAUAUAUUGAUCAUUUCCUUGCUUUCUUUGGCGCUUUUAUACCUAUCUAUAUAUCCCUAAGUAGUACAUAACUUAGUUUUGCCAGGUUUUGCAUUCUAUAUAAAUACAAUAAAAUGAUACAUUUGUCUUGUGA